GGCCCGGGGGCCCGCCUAGCAUGGCCCGGGCAGGAGCGCCCCCCGCCGCCUCGCCAGGCCCCGAGCCCUGGCCCCGCCGCGCCCUGCGGACGCUGCUGCUGCUGCUGGCCUCCCUGCUCAUGUCCCUCUACGCCAGCUACUGCCUGGCCGGGGCGGCGCGCCUCCUCGCCCGCCAGCCGGCCCCGAUCCCCCCGGCCCCGCCCGCCGAGGGGGCCGCCCCGCCCCGGCCCCCCUCGGCGCCCCCCCAGCCCGCCGCCGAGGGCGAGCCGCGCCUGCCCCAGGCCCUCAUCGUCGGCGUGAAGAAGGGCGGCACCCGCGCCCUGCUCGAGUUCCUGCGCGUCCACCCCGACGUGCGCGCCGCCGGCGCCGAGCCCCACUUCUUCGACCGCCACUACGGCCGGGGGCUCGCCUGGUACAGGGAUUUGAUGCCACGAACACUCGAUGGACAGAUCACCAUGGAGAAAACUCCCAGCUACUUUGUCACCAAGGAAGCACCUGCUCGCAUCUCUGCUAUGUCGAAAGGCACCAAGCUUAUUGUGGUGGUGAGAGACCCAGUUACCAGAGCCAUCUCUGACUACACACAAACUCUGUCCAAGAAGCCCGACAUUCCCACCUUCGAGAACCUGACCUUCAAAAACAGGACUACGGGCCUCAUUGAUACCACCUGGAGUGCCAUCCAGAUUGGCAUUUAUGCCAAGCAUCUGGAAAACUGGCUCCUCUAUUUCCCUAUUGGGCAGAUUCUCUUUGUCAGUGGGGAAAGGCUAAUCAGUGACCCUGCUGGUGAAUUAGGCCGGGUCCAGGACUUCUUGGGUCUCAAAAGGAUCAUCACAGAUAAACACUUCUACUUCAACAAGACCAAGGGCUUCCCAUGCCUGAAAAAGGCAGAAGGCAGUAGCAAGCCUCAUUGCCUGGGCAAAACAAAAGGGCGGACUCAUCCUAACAUUGACCAGAAGGUGGUGGAGAGGCUACGAGAGUUCUACAGACCUUUCAACAUGAAGUUCUACCAGAUGACUGGACAGGACUUUGGCUGGGAUUGAGGCUGGAAAAUAAUAAUUUAAAUGAAUAAAAAGGAAAAUAUAUUUUUGUAUAUAUCAAUAGAGAAGGAAAAUUAAUAUUUCUGCUGAUGUGUGGUGGUUCCAAUUAAUAUUUUAAUUUUGGCACAAAAAUGUCAUAGUUUUCUAUUUUAUUUGCUUUAUUGGUCAGGAUUUACAGUAUCUACUUCCACAGACCCAGAAAUAUGAGUUGAGGACUGGAACAGUGAGCCUGAUUAUUUACCUCAGUGAGUCCAAGAUGUGGAUUCUUCUUGAUAGACAAGAUGCACCUUUCCAUUUUAAGUUUUUAUGGCAUAGGUUGGAUUCCUCAAUCAGUGAAUUCUGGGUUCAGUGCCUAGAUUUUUAAACCAGCUUUUCCACUGG